AAAUUCUAAUAAUUUUAAAAGCCAAAAUCCUUUAUAUGCUUAAAUAAAAGCCCAAAAGCUAUAAAAAAAAUUAAAAAGAAAAAUCAAAAAGAAUUUUACUUUCAGAUUUUUAUAAAAAAAUACAAAAAAGUCUAAUUAUAAAAACAAAAAAUGGAUAUUGAAGAAGAUAAAGUCAAGGCUGAAGAAUUCAAAACCAAGGGUAACGAGCAAUUCAAGAAAAAAGAAUAUGCUUCCGCAGUUGAAAGUUACACCAAUGCCAUAAGUUAUGGAAAAAACGAAGCUAGUUAUUAUGGUAAUAGAGCUGCUUGCUAUUUAGCAAUGGAAAAAUACUAACUUUGUAUUAGUGAUUGCAAUAAAGCUUUGGAAAUAGAUUCCAAUUUUGCAAAGGCUUAUAGAAGAAAAGCCCUUUGUUAGAUUUAAAUGCUCUAGUUCGAAGAUGCUUUAUUUAACAUCAGAAAAGGUAUUUAAGCUGAUAGCAAAGAUGAUAACUUAAAGCAAGAUCUUUAAGACUGUGAAAGAUUAAAAAAAUAAUAUGAAAGAUUCUUGAAGUAUAUGGAAGAAAACUCCUUCAAUGAUGCUAUGUCUGAAUUAAACUAAAUUACCCAAAAGAUUCCUAAAAACAUAACACUACUUGUCAAAAAGGUUAUGUGUCUUGCUAUGAAGGGUUCAACAGAAUAAGCUAGAUAAAUUUUAAUUUAAAUUUAAAACCAUGAAGAAGUAAAGAAUGACUUGUAUUACCUUCAAGGUAUUUGCGAACUAUACAGCGGAAAGACUGAUAAAGCUAAGGUUCUUUUCAGAUAAGGUAUGCAAUUCGACCCAGAUAAUAAAAAAUGCAGAGAAGCCCUUAAGAAAGCAUAAAGAGUUGAAGAAUUAAAGGAAAAGGGUAAUGAAGCUAUCAAGGGAAAUAAUUUUGAUGAAUCAAUUAAAAUUUAUGAUGAAGCACUUUAAGUAGAUCCUAAUAAUAGAAAAUUAAACUCAGUCAUCCUCUCAAACAGAGCUUUAGCUUAUGUUAAAAAGAAAGAAUAUAAAAAAGCUCUUGAAGAUGUUAACAAGUCUAUUGAUUUAGACGAAGCAUACUUUAGAGCUUACCUUAGAAGAGCAGAUAUUAAAAUGAAGAUGGGAGAUUUUGAAUCAGCUAUCUUCGAUUACCAAAAAGUUAAAGAAUUAGAUGCUUCUUAAAAUGUAGAUUAACUCAUUAAGGAAGCUAAAAUUUAAGCUAAAUAAGCUAAAAAGAAAGACUACUAUAAAAUUUUAGGUGUAGAAAGAGAUGCCUCUGAUAAAGAAAUUACAAAGGCAUACAGAAAACUUGCCCUUAAAUGGCAUCCUGAUAAAAAUUAAGAUAACAAAGAAGAAGCUGAUAAAAUUUUCAGAGACAUCAAUGAAGCUUAUUAAGUUCUUAGUGACCCCGAAAAGAAAAGAAUGUUUGACCAAGGUGUUGAUCCUAAUGACCAUGAAUAAGGUGGUAUGCAUGCAGAUUUCAAUCCUAACGAUAUCUUCAAAAUGUUCUUCGGAGGCGGCGGUGGCGGCGGUUUUGAUUUCGGAGGCGCUGGUUUCCCUGGUGGUGGUUUCAGUUAAGGAGGUAGAAACGGUUCCUAAGGUUUUACCUUCAGAUUCGGUUGA